AUGUAUCAUAGAACCAGAGCUUCCUCCGUCCACUAUCCGAUCGCUAAGAAGACCAAGGAUUCUAGCAAUGGGAUGAUAAACUUGACGGAGGUUGGAGGACCACCACCUCUCAUCGGCGGCGGCGGCGGCGGAUCAGGAGCGGCGCAUCCGCAGCUGAUGCCAGCGCCGGUCAUUACCGGUAACGGCAUCGCAAUGAUGGGCCACCAACAGCAGCAGCAACAACAGCAACAGCAGCAGCAGCAACACCAUCAUCAUACGCCGCUUCAGCAGCCACAGCAUCACCCGCAGCAGCAGCGCAACUCAUCGCAUCAGUUGCCCCCGUCGGGAAUGCAUCUGCCACCGCAACCACCGCCAGGUGUCCACCCAGGGGGGCCUCCACCGCCCCCACAGAACCGUUCAUCCGCCCGCGAACGGACCAUGCACGCGGUCGAGUACUACCGGUCGAAUGUCCGGCGUGCCCGGGUUGACGCCAAUUUGGUGCGGAACUCGCUGCACGAGCGCUACUCGUACGCCCAGCGGCAGAUGGGCGCGUUGGGUCCGGGGCCGACAAAGCUCAGUCCGUCGCAUGGCCACACGGACCACCUGUACCGGAGCAACUCGAGCCUGGAGUUGAUCCACGAUCAUGGCGGCGGACCGGGCCACGAUCAUCUGUCACCGGGUGGUCCGGGAGCUGGCGCCGGGACGAACCUGAGGCGAGAGUACGGCAGCCACGGGUCGAUCGAUGUGAUAUCAUCCGAUCGUCAUCACAAUCAUCACCAUCACCAUCAUCACGGCCAGCCACUGUCGGAGACGCCGGGAGAGAAAUUCCUGUCCAUGCUGCAAGAGUAUCAACCUUUCGGUUUGGUGGACGCCUCGUCGCUGAUCUACUCGCUGAACAAGCAUCACGGUCACAGUCACGCCACCAACGGUGGCACGAACGGUGUGUCCGGAUCGGGCGCUGUCAGCAACGGAGCCGAAGAUGUCGUGGACCGAGGCGGUGCCAACGCUAGUCCGAAGCUGCGCAACAAAUUCCAUCGCCUCUGGUCAUCCAGCACCAGCAGCGCCAAUGGGGCCUCGAACGGCAAACAGUCGCGUUCGCAGCAAGGAUCUACAUCGGGCGCCAGCACCGCGGCCGGCGCUACAUCCUCGCUGGAUGACAGUCAGCUGUGUUUGGGUCUGAACGUGAGUGCGAGUUCCACCACGACGACCGUUUCGUCGGCCGACAUCGAGGAACGGCAGCGAAGACGUGCGUUCGCCCACUUCGACUGCCGCUCGCUGACCGCCAAUCUGGGGUACGCGGCCAAACUGCGCGGUUUUCUGCUGGAACGCCGACGCAACACGACAACGGGUGCAUCGGCCGCUGCCACCUACGGAACGCGCUCGUCCACACCGGACGGUGCCGGCAGUGGUGAGGGCGUGGACGAGGACUACGGUGAUGGGCAGCAGAACGAGCUGCUCGAGAACUGUCCCUUCUUCCGCAACGAGAUCGGUGGCGAAGAGGAGCGCGAAGUGUGCCUGACGCGUAUGCAAGCGGCGGGCACGGGAGCGGCCUCGGGCACAGCCGCCAAGCAGCAGCGAGCGAUCCAUCGACCGGCCCUGGCGUACGGGGUGUCGGUGUUGGAGUGCGGUCCGAACGAAACGCUCUGGAAGGGUAACACGUGCCCGUACCAGCGUGGCAUCCGACCGAUCGAGCAGAUCGACAACGGGGCACUCUAUUACCGGCAGUACUUCUUCGGCCAGGAGCACCAGAACUGGUUCGGCAUGGACGAGCACCUCGGUCCGGUCGCGAUCUCGAUCAAGCGCGAAAAGCUACACCCAAAUCCAACGCAAACGCUCGCCCUGCACGGUUCGGACGUGGCACCGACGACGACCCAUCCGAGCGAACAGUACCUUUACCGGCUGAUCGUGCGCACGUCCGAGCUGCUCACGUUGCGCGGCUCCGUCAUCGAAGACUCGAUCCCGAAUGCGCGCGGGUCCGGCAAGCACGUCAAUACCAAAGAAAUUCUCGAGUACGUCGCGCCGGAAGUGCAGAUCAACUGCCUCCGGCUGGCGGUCAGUACGGCCCAGUGCGAGCAGCAACUGCUGAAACUGGACGAGCAGGGGCUGACCAACAAGUACAAGGUCGGCAUCCUGUACUGCCGGGCGGGCCAGUCGUCCGAGGAGGACAUGUACAACAACGAGGAGGCCGGACCGGCGUUUAACGAGUUUCUCGACACGAUCGGGACGCGCGUCCGGCUGAAGGGUUUCGAGCACUACAAGGCCGGGCUGGACAACAAGACCGACUCGACCGGGACGCACUCGCUGUACGCGACGCACCAGGAGUGUGAGAUUAUGUUCCACGUCUCGACGAUGCUCCCGUUCACGCCCAACAACCGGCAGCAGUUGCUCCGCAAGCGCCACAUCGGGAACGACAUCGUGACGAUCGUGUUCCAGGAACCGGGCGCUCACCCGUUCACGCCGAAGAACAUUCGCAGCCAGUUCCAGCACGUGUUUAUCAUUGUGCGCGCGGUGCAACCGUGCACCGAGCACACGCAGUACCGGGUGGCGGUCUCGCGCUCGAAAGAUGUGCCCGUCUUUGGACCACCGGUCCGGGCGGGGUCACACUUUCCGCGCGGCAAACAGUUUGCCGAGUUUCUGUUGGCCAAAGUGAUCAACGCCGAGAAUGCGGCUCACCGAUCGGUGAAGUUUAUGAUGAUGGCAAUCCGGACACGCCAGGAGUACUUGAAGGAUCUGGCCACCAACUACUGCACGGCCACGGUCGUCGAGACGGGGCAGCGGUUUUCGAUUUUCCCCAGCAAGAAGCGCGAGCGUACGACGAAGCCACGCUUCUCCGGCGACCUGUCGCAGCGGGGUGCGUUCUGCUGGCAGGUGGUCCUGCACGACAGUGGCCAGGCGACGCAAGUGGACUGCUUUCUGGGCAUCUCGGCCGAAACGUUCGUGCUGAUCGAGGAGUGCACGCGGCAGAUCAUCUUCGUUACCCCGUGCAAGGCCAUUCUGGGCUGGUCGACGAGCCAGAAUGCGCUCCGGGUGUACCACCAUCAGGGCGAGUGCGUGACGCUCAACAUGCGCGACACGGGCGAUCGGGACGAGCAGCUGGAGGUGAUCGAGCGGUUGCGUGCGGUCACGAACGGGUGCGGCGCCCUCGAGCUCAGCUUGCGCCGCAACCCGAUGGGCCAGCUUGGGUUCCACGUGCAACCGGAUGGGGUCGUAACGCAGGUGGAAAUAUCGGGCCAAGCGUGGGCCGCCGGUUUGCGCCAGGGCUACCGGUUGGUCGAGAUCUGCAAGGUAGCCGUAGCGACCCUGUCGCACGAUCAGAUGGUCGACCUGCUGAAGACUUCGGCGCAGGUGACGGUGACGGUGAUUGAAUCGUUCGCCGAUUUUGCCCCGCGACGUGGCUGCACGCUGCAGAACUGUCGCUUCAAUGCGAUGAACUACGAGAACGACUACGAAACGAUGCUGCUCGAUGGUGGUGGGAAGCAUGGCGGUAACGGUGGUAGCGGUAACGGUGGUGCUGCCGGCAGUGGCAAAAAGGGUCUUCCCGGUGGACAGUUGCAGUCUUCGGCCAGCCACCGGCGACGGUAUGAGCGCAACUUUUCACCACCACGAUCGAGCAACAGUUCGGGCUACGGCACCGGAAGUAGUAGUCGAUCGUUCACGGCGGCCGCCGCCGCCAGUGGACAACAGUUGGUGACCGGUGGGGGCACUAAUGGAACCAGCAGCAACAACCACACCGAUAUGAUGGGCACACUGACGUCCUCUUCGAGUGGCCACUCGUCGAACGAUGAGCGUUGGUACGAUGUGUUGGAUCCACCGCAGGAAAGUCCCUCGUCGAUGAUGGGCGGAACGGGGCCCCCGAUGAACGAAGUGUCAGCCAACUACCACCAUCCAAAGCUGACGGCAUCGAGCAACUCACUGCCACUGGCCGGAUCGAGCCCACGGCCGCUGUCGUUGCACAACGAAUCCGGAGGAUCGGCGGCAUCGCGAGGAGGCUCAACGCACGCCCUAAACACUGGCCGUGAUAGUUCGGCCAACGUUGCCCUGCUGAAACGGCUCAUCAUUGCCGACACGCCAAACGGUGGCGUUGCGCCGGACGGUGGUCACGUGACGUCCCCACAGCAACACCAGCAGCUGCUUCACCAAGGCUCGGGCCAGUUGCCGCAGGAACCACUGUACAGUAGCUCGCUGAAGAAUCUUUCCAAUCACCAUCUGAGUGCUACGGAGGAGGAAAACCUUUCGCGGCACAACUCCCCGUCACAGCUGAGACGGUCCGCAACGACGACGAACAUUUAUGGCAUCAACGGAAAGAAGCCGACGUCGGGUAGCAGUGCUUCGAGUAGCCGGAACAACAGCCCCCGGCCGAACGGUGAGACCAAGCUCCGCAGCGGUGUUAUGAAGGGACAGCUCCAUCCGCAGCGCAAUAGCGUCAACUACACGGGCAGCACUCUGCAGGAGGAUCUGAUGAAGCUGAUCAACCCGGACUAUAUCGCGAACGAUGACAACUUCAACACUGGAGCAGGCAUGGAGAGGAUGCAGAAAGGGCACCAGAAUAGCCACAGUUUGGGCAAUAUCGCCAGUUUGACGGCCGCCAGCGGACUGAAGCCGAUACCGCAGAAAAGUCGCUCACGGGAGGGAAUCAACCUUGGUUCGAGCCAACAACUCUCGGCGGCAACGAACGGCGUGAAGCUAACCAAUGGCGGAAGCGGUGGCACGAGCAGCCCGAGCGUGACGUCAGGCGAGGAAGAGGUCAUCUUUACGACGGCUCGCCCGGCGACCGUCGUUUCGUCGAACAGCUCCAGCCCGGCCAGUGAGCUGAUGGGCCACAAGCAUCAUCAUCUGCUGAACGAGGAUCAUCUGAAGAUGUCUCCGAAUCGCAGGCAGUACGGUGCCGGUGCAGGAAUCUUGAAGAACGGGGGAUCGCCAGGUAAAAUUCCUCUCCCGGACAUGAAGGAGAUGGAUUGGAGCAGUUUGGUGGACACGGCAACCAAAGCAAUGACACAGUUAUCAGAAACCGUGGCCAAAUCGCACCCGGGAAGUAACGUUUACUACGAUGACAUCAGCCAGGUGCUGAACGGUGUGCAUCACCUUCAGCAACAACAGCAGCAGCAGCAGCAGCAGCAGCAACAGCAACAGCAACAGCAGCAGCAGCAGACGUUGGCGAACGGUGUCAAUGGUGGCGGUAGCAGCAGUAUCAGCGGAACCGGAAGCAGCAUCGGAAGUGGAGUGGACCUUUCAUCGUCUACCCCGAGUUCCGCUUCGCCUGUAUCGACUGGCAGCAGUAGCGCCCAGCAGCAAGCCUUGAUGGCGCUGCAAAACAGCUCCAGUCUGCCUGAGCUGCAGUGCCAAGUGAGCCAGCUGUCCGAUCGGGUACUGCGGGAACAGCGCCGACGCCGCUCGCUGGAGCAUGCCGUGCGCAAGCUGACGGAGGAAAACCGACGCCUGCAGGACGAAAGUCAAGCGGCCGUGCAGCAGUUGCGCCGCUUCACCGAGUGGUUUUUCCAAACGAUCGAUCGACAAUCGUAAAACAAGUCCGAUGUCAACUCGGACAAGCAAGAACAACAAAAACACCAAUCCUAUUCUGUACACACGUGACUCCAAAAUUGUUGCCCGCGGCGGGUCGUGGCACGUGUCUUCCAAAGCGUGAUGAUCUUAUAAAUUCCUUUCGUUCACAUAAAAUGACCAAAAAAGCGUAGGUACGCGAGCGAAACAGUGUUAAACGAAACAUAAAUUUACAAUUUACAAGCACCUACGAGGUGUCUAUACAUUAGAGGGAGCAUCGAAGGCGAGAGCACCAGUAUAAAGUUAAACAUUAUUAUACACCAUCGGAAACGUCGGGCGACGGGACGAAUUUUGUGUGGCGAAUGUUUGGAGACCGUUUUUUCGAUACUUCUUUAUCACUAGACUUAAAGCGCUGUUCGUUCAUAUACCUUAGAUAUAUGUAAUCUACACAUGACACAGCGAAAUCGGGCGGGUGACGACGACGUCCAUUCGACCAGCGAAGCAAUCGUCGCAAACGAUUUGCAAUUUAUGCGACUCAGCAGCAAACACCAACCGUGUAACGUUUAGACUAGUAACUCAUAUUACACCCAGGCCCGCACCAGCGAGUGAAACGAAGAGAUGGCGUAGCCCUAGUAUACGCGCCAUCGCCGUUCAAGACAAAUAAUAUGCCAA